CGCGAGAUCUGGCCGCUCGUGCGUGACGUCUGGAGCUCUCUCCGGGGGCUAUGGGAGGGCUCUGGCGUCCCGUAUUAAGGACCGCUGCUGUCUGUGGCUGGCGUUGGAGUCACCCUGGGUCCCCGACCUGGGUUGCUGAGAGGGUACAGCCGUAUCUCAGGGUGGGAAGAAAUGGGACAGGAAGUGAUGAGACAGGGCUGAGGUGGAUUGGGACAUGGAGGCGUCCGAACCCGGCCCGGGACCUGGCCCUGCGGCCGCCGCGGCGGCCGAAGAGCACGAACCCUUUCACGCGCGCGCAGGAGGAGGAUUGGCGGCGUCGGAACAAGACAGUCCUCACGUACGUGGCCGCAGCCGCAGUGGGCAUGCUGGGGGCGUCCUACGCCGCCGUGCCCCUUUAUCGGCUCUAUUGCCAGACUACUGGUCUUGGAGGGUCAGCAGUAGCAGGUCAUGUGUCGGACCAGAUUGAAAACAUGGUGCCUGUGAAGGAUCGAAUUAUUAAAGUCACCUUUAAUGCAGAUGUGCAUGCAAGCCUCCAGUGGAAUUUUAGACCUCAGCAAACAGAAAUCUAUGUAGUGCCAGGAGAGACUGCACUGGCGUUUUAUAAAGCUAAGAAUCCUACAGACAAACCAGUAAUUGGAAUUUCUACAUACAAUGUUGUACCAUUUGAAGCUGGACAGUAUUUCAAUAAAAUACAGUGCUUCUGUUUUGAAGAACAAAGGCUUAAUCCACAAGAGGAAGUAGAUAUGCCAGUGUUUUUCUACAUUGAUCCUGAAUUUGCUGAAGAUCCAAGAAUGGUGAAUGUUGAUCUCAUCACUCUUUCUUAUACUUUUUUUGAAGCAAAGGAGGGACAGAAGUUGCCGCUUCCAGGCUAUAACUGAAGUCAGCAUCUAAGUCCUGCUUCAGAUUUGUGAUUUUUGAAAAAUCAUGUAUUUAGUCUUCUCAGGGGAGAAAUACUUUACAGUAAUGUAAAGCUAUUUUAAAUAUUAUAUAAUGCUGUAUUUAUUUUUUCAACUAAUUUACCCUGCUUAAAAUUGAAUGAACAGUUUCAGCUGUCAGUCAUAAGGAAUCCACAGGCCCAUUUAGAAUGUAGGACUAUUCAAACCCAGAGAGUUUGAUAGGUAAUAUUACAAGAAACGCUUUGUUUCUUAAAUAAGUAGGCACGGACUUCAUGGUUCAGUUUAUUAGCCCUUCAUACUUGUAGCACUGAGUCCUUUUAUUAUUCCCACAGUUGUUUUAGGCUCCAGGCCAUAACUUCUGCCUAUUUUUGUUAUUUCUAAAAUAGUUGGUUACUACUUUCUUUUAUUGUGAACCAUCCUAUUUUAAAAGCUCACAAUGGAAGAGGAAUCACUGAGUCCUAACAGCCUGCCCAGAGAUUACAUUCUGAUUUCAGAUUUGACUCUCUUUUUCCUUUAGGAUCUAGGCCUAUUUUAUAUUCUGAGUACUAAUUAUUUUGAAAUUUCAGCAUCAUGAAAAUGAAAGAAAAUGCAUAAAUACGUUUACUAGGAUUCUAGUAUUUCCUGUGAUAGUUCAAGUCCCUGAAUGUUAAAAUGUAAGUGUGGGGUUGUGAAUAAGUGUAAACUUACUGACAUCAGAAGUUCUACGAACAGACGUGUAAAAAAGAUGUAUUAAAUUGUUUUAAUGGUAAUUUUUUUAUCAUUGUAAUUUAUGACAUAAACGUACAAUAUAUUCUGAA